AUGUCUGCCCCGGCUUCUUCACAAGGCCAUGCCAUUUCACGAGCCUCGGAGCGAUCGUCUACCGCGCGAGGGCGAAAUGCACACGAUUCAGCCAUGCCUUCCUUACAAGACCUCAAGUAUUUCGAUCCCUGCGGCGCCACGGCAUCGAUGUUCCUCUAUGUCCAAGGCUCCUCCGUCGUCUGCUGCCACCACGAUUCCCUGACCAUCGAGCGCCGAUUUACCGGCCAUCAACAUGAAGUUUUGCUGCUCGCCAUCGACAACCACAGCCAAUACGGUGGAGGACGCAUAGCCGCCAGUUAUGACAGCAGCAGAAGGAUGAUCAUCUGGGACUUGAUGACGGGCGAAAUGCUCAAGAACUUCACCGCAGUCGCAGAUUGUCAAAUCACCGCCAUCACCUGGAUGCGCAAUGGCAACUUGGCAUUCGGCGACAGCCACGGCUCGGUUACCGUAUUCGAGAUUGCUACUUCCGAGCACAUGAGGUCAAAGACAUUGGAGCAAACGGCAAUAACGGCCCUGGCGCCAUCGCAAGACUGUCUGACUUUUGCGAUUGGCUUUCAAACUGGCACGCUUCUUAUUGCUCGAAUCCAGCCCCGAUUUACCAUCAUGCAUAACUUGACGACAUCUAGAGCACCGUCGCCUGUUAUCGGUCUUUCCUGGCAUGCGUCAUCGUCUCGGCAAAAAUCGGAGAUGCUUGCUGUGCAGAAACACGACGGCGACUUACGGGUUUGGAGUGUCACAAAGGCGUACAGCAUUGAAGAACCCGCCAAAGUUGUCCGAAUUCUGCGCAAGGCAGAAGCCAUCGACAAAGGAUCCAACUGGAUGGGAUGGUCCAAGAACGGGCGCGUCAUUCAGUUCUCCGACAGCGAAACCCUUUCUUGGGAUGUCCGCACAAAGCACGUCACCUUUGACUCCAUUCCGACACUUGAGCACGUCAGGGGUAUGGCACUCUAUGGACCUGGCGCGAGCCUCUUCACGGUCGGCCCCAACGGUACCGUGCAACAGUUCGAUCUCAACUCGCCAGCGAUCAUGGUGGCCAACGUCCAGCAUCCUACAAGCCACCUGCCGCCUUCGCCACCAAAUUCAAUCGAAGAGAUUGCUAACCAAUCCGUUCAUUCCGCAACCACUAUCCAUACUUCAGAAUCCGAGAGCUCCAUGAGUUCCAUCCCCUUGGAAAUGAAUGUUUCGGAGAGCGAUGAAGACCACCUGUCACCGUUUGCACGCAUUGCCCGCGGUCAAGCACAUCCCGACUCCGGCAACGAGACGUACGAAUCAGCUAGCCCAGUUUCCAGCAGAAGUGGCUUGUCGUCGUCGCAAUCGCGUUCUUCUCUCGCUUCCCCUGGAUCCCGUACACCUGGCCGCCAUCCCACCUCGUCGGUUCGAUCGCAGAACACGUACAUCUCAACUGGAACCUCGCUCAAGUCUUCCACUAUAGGUCGCCAACCGGAUAUCGAUAGCUAUUCUAUGGGUUACUCUCUUGGGAGCACAAGCGUAACGUCUUCACGCUCUCGGCAGCGUCCUUCUCGGUUGCGCCACGAAGUCCCACGAAGCCCAGAUGAGAACAAGGUUCACGAUUUGUUCAAAUUUACAAGGUCGCGACUUAGCGAUAUUCCGUAUAAGCAUCCCAUGAGUGCCGAUAAUUCGCGUCUGACCAAUGACGAUUUGAGAAGACAGAUGCUUAGCACCAUCUUUGGCUGGCACUCUGAUGUCGACGAUCUCAUCCGCGAUGAAAUGCAACGGCACCCGAGUGGAUCUUCAAGCCGAAUCCUUCUGUCAAAAUGGCUUGGCGAGAUGGACACCGAUAUUAUGGCUGACAGCGCCAGAGACAUGACUUCUUCCGAUUGGAUGUUGUUUGCUCUCAGCGGCAUUGGUAGCGCCGCUGGCCAACAAAAGAUUGGCCAGGUAUACGUGCGGCGACUACUUGAGAGCGGCGAGAUCCACGUCGCUGUUACCAUCAUGCUUGGCAUGGGCGAGCGCAACGACGCCAUUGAAGUCUAUAUAUCGCAUAAGCGAUACAUGGAAGCGUUGCUUCUGACUUGCCUAACAUUUCCUGGUGUAUGGGAGCGUCAAGCAGCCAUCAUCAGGAAGUGGGGUGAAUGGGCUGUUCAACACCACCAGCAGCAGCUAGCGAUCCGAUGUUUUGCUUGCACGGAUCAGGAAUCCAGCGAGCCAUGGAGAUCGCCAUCUGCAGUUCAGCUCAACUUUCAGAGUAUCACGCCCAGCAUCCCUGAAGUUCUCAGCCCACCGUUGUCGCCCCCAGGAAUCCAGCGUGGUCCUCAGCGAAGCGUUGCCAAGUCAUCGGCACUCAAGCUCAUCACUUCCUUUGGAGAUCCAAAUCACAAAGCCAAGUUCUAUGCCAACAUGGAUGACGGCCAGACGCCUAUUGCUGCGGGCGUGACACCAAUUGCAGACUCUGCCAUUUCCCCAGGUGGAUCGUACGAAGCCGCGACGGCAUUCCUACGCCCAUCUAGCAACAGUCGCUUCAACACGCCUACCUCUGCAAGACCCGCUGGUUCUUUGACGAGUCGCGGUCGUCUUCCAUCUAUCGGCGAGGCUCCCAGCGACAUCAACCGCGACUCUUUAGCGCGCGAGACCAAGAAACCUGGGCACAGCGGACACUCACGGAUGGCAUCUGCUGACUAUGAUAACUUUACCGCUGGCACUUCGCUUGCGCGUGCCUCCACAGCUAGCCCUAUGAUGAUGCGCGACCAAUUUUCGCGCCUUGUAGACCGGCCAGUCGGCGAGCGACCCCCUUCGCCGGAUUCAAAUGUCAUGGCACGGAUGCAAGAAAGCAAGAGCAACGUGCGUAAUGGCUCAAGAAACAGAAUCCCCAACGGUAAGCUCAUGGAGCUGCAUAGCCUCGGUUCGCAGCCAAUGAACGAUCCUAUAUCCCCACAACAGUCGGGCACUUCGUCAGCUCGGUUUCACUGGCCAACGCGGCGCCGCGGUCCAGGAUCUGUUGCUAGCUCUAUUACUUCAAACUCUAGUGCAGGUCGAAGCUACAGACAUGGCCGACAGAGAGACGACUAUAUUCACAGCCUUGAAGCCGCCAAAAACUACCCCGGCCGAAGUCGAAGCGGGGGCCAUAGCAAGGAACGACCGCGCGAGAGCUCGAGGAACCGCCAGGGCAGCGUCGAGAGACGGGAUAGAUCUAGAGAGCAAUCGGAGGAUCGCGGGCGUGCGCCAGUUAGGAGCUGGGUCAAACCGAAGCGAUCUCCAACAUCUCCGAUCCCCAUGUCUCCCGAGGACUUGGCCAAUCUGACUGCACAGAAAUUUAUCGAUGCAGGAGAAUCUACCACUUCUAGAAGAUCAGCCAAGACUAGAGCCAAGGGCUCAAGCCGCACAUCCAGUCGGGGUAGCAAAGGUCGUAGCCCCGACAGAAAGCGACAACCCUCGGCUCUGGAGGCGCGCGGACGAAGCCAAGGAAGAGAGAGUUUCAAGGCACUAUCGCCCGCAUCGCCCAUUCCAUUGUCAGCAACCGCCUUGCAUCUGCAAGGUUCCGAAGACGAGGAAGACCUGAAGCGCGCCAUCGAGGAGCAGGAGGCCUUCCGGGCAAAACACGGCCGAAGUGUCAGCCAGGGUGUGAACUCGCCAACCACGGCCAGAAGAGAGGCGUCGGAAUCAAGACGGAAGAAUUUCAUCAUCCCUGAUGUGCUGGAGGAUAAUCCACCAGUCAACCAACGAUCGCGAGCUGCGUCAACUGACCAUGUCGGCGAUCUACGCCAAUUCAAGGACGAAAGACUGAAGCGAAAGGAGCAGGCGGCCCGCGAACUGGAAGAGCGGCGGAAGUCACUGGCAAAGCGAGCCCAUACCCCGGGAAUUGUACAUCCCGACGAGUACGCGGCCCUGCCGAAUCCCGAACGCGUUGCAGUUGAGACAUCCGAACCAAAGCCACUGGCCGAGGGCCUGCCCCCUAGAAGUGCAACAGACCCCCCGAAGAACAUGUAUGCUCGUGGGACAAGCCCGAUGAUUGGUCUUCCAGCGACACCAAAAGCCAUGCGACUGAUCCUUGCCAACGGGAUGUCCAACAGCAACGUCCCGCCUGUCCCGUCCCUACCGACCAAGGAGGCGAAGGAAGUGAAGCCAGCUGCCCAGGACCAGGCACCAAGCCUGACACUGCUGCCAUCGACCGUGUAUCAGCCACCAGUACGGCCGAUGAUUCCACGAAGCAUGUCGGCGCCAAUCCCGGAAGACCUACCACAGUCUCGCAGAAAGAUGAGCUUCGGCGGUAUCGCUAACAUUGAUGCCGUCGUGCAAAGUGGUGAGCGUCGCCGAUCCAACGAGGAGCCUGUUCCACCGCCGCCGCCGCCAGCUCCCGUAAUGCUGCCGCCGAUGCUGAAGGAGCUUCAACACUUGGCAAAGCCGCCACCACCUCCUCCCGCGCCUCUGCCGCAUACAAAGCCGACGUAUGGCGCUGGCGGAGCAGUUGGCUCUGGCAUGAUUGAGAUUGUAAUGGAUGAUGACGAGCAGCCGCAAGUCGCCGCACCGAACGACCACAUGGUGCCGGUGCUGUCGCCGCCCGUACCGCCACCAUCGCGCGGCCACAACCGUGGACGAAGCGUUGGCGGCGAGGGGAGUAUCUCGGGCCGCAGCGCACGGGGUUCGGAGCGCCGUAGCCGCAGCCGCAAGAAUACAUACCCCCCGCCGUCUGCCGCGAUGGAGAUGAUGAGCGGCUGCUCGUCAUCGCAUCACCAGAGCAAGCCCAUCCUGGCGCCGCCUCCUGUCCUGUACGACCGGGACGUCAUUCGGUCGCCAAUUGACAAGAAAGGCAAGCACAUGUCGACAGGCCUCGACCGUAGCGAGAUGAUUUAG